AUGGCGCCAACAGAGACAACCGUCUCUCAAAGCACAUCACCAAGCCCGAAUCAGUCAUCAUCCGAGCAUAUCACCGAUGCAACGCCGGAGCAGUCAAAGUCGUCUGAAGAGGCUCAACCUGAGAGUGCCCAGAAUCAGUCCACGGGCCCAUCUACUGCCGGGCAUCUUCAGCAGACCGCUAGUAAUUCGAGUGAGCUCACAGGCCCGGCUACGGAGGAGUUUCUUCGAGCCAGCAACGGCGGCAGGUAA